AUGGAGGGCUCGUCGACCCCGUUGGCCGACUACUUCUGGAUCGCCGGCGUAGAGUCCGUUGCCUACGAGGAUGCCCCGCAGGCCAGCCAGCUCGAACUCUCGCACCAGGUUGAGUCGACCAUUGCCGAAGAUGGUGAGCCUGGUUUCGACUCUCCGAGCCCCGUCACCCCCCAGUCGAACCGUGUCAGUGUGCGCCAUUCGCGCCAUGGUUCUAUGAGCCGGUAUUCCAAGGUCUCGUUCGACAACCGCUUCUCGCUCACUACCGUCGACGACCUCGAUAACGGGAACACCUCUAGCAACCGCAGCAGCGCUACCAUACGCCCCGUUAGUACUAUCAAUGGUCCUAAUGGCCUAGUUGUCGAGAAUAGUAGGACCGGCAGCUCAGGCGGCGCCAGCGCCACCGGCACCCUAUCUGCGGAGGGAACAAGCAGCGGCAACGAGCUGCUCGUCCCAGGUGGCAGUAUGCGGGACUUCGAUUUCGACAAGGCCCUGCUCAAGUUCGCCGCGGAGAGGGAGGAUUUCUUGGAGGAUUUGACAUUUAGCGCCGGAGCCAAAGUCCAAGCCAGACCACCCAUGAUCAAUCCGCGAGCAGAGCGAAUUCGCGCCGACGAAGCUGAAUCCGGGAGAAUGAGUCCUCUGAAAAGCAUCAAGGGGAGCAUACGUCGGAGGAUAAGCUUUCGCGAUAUGAACAGCAUGCGGAGGCAACCCAGCACUGCCCGAAAUAGCGGCGCAAGCAGAGCCGCCUCUGUUCGGACCACAAAACGAAUGAGCAAUUAUAAUUCGGUGAUUCCGCCCCCGGAGCCUCUAAAUACCGAUCCCGAUAUGCACCCUCUCAAAAGACAAUUCGAACCAGUCCUGCUCGACCGAUACCCACCCAAAGAUGCGACGGAAGAUCUCUCUAAGAGAGGGAAAUUCCCAGACUAUGUCCCCAUGUUCGCAUUCCCCAAUGAUAUUCAGAUUGUAUCUUCAGACGAUAGACCGCGUUCAACAUGGCACGGCUUUACGAUGACGUCGGAGGAUAAUUCCAAACUCUAUGGGCUCACGAUUAUCAUUUGGACAGCACUAAGCGCUAGUGCGGCGGAAGGUGUCGAGCGGAAAUGCGAGCAGUGGCGGCAAAGCCACAUGUCGAAUGAGGAACGGGAGCUGGCGGCAAGUCUAGGAGUGCGCUUGGCCGGUGAGCGAUCUCACUUGUCGCAUCUUCUUACAAAGCUACCAACGAUACCCUCUGGCUCACCAGCAAGGGACCGCCUCGAAGAUGAGAUUAGUACCGUGGAGGAGAAGAUCACUUUGAUGACAGAUAUGCUGCGGCCCUUGAGACACGGGGCUGCUUCAAAAAUCGAAGGCCUAACAGCGGGUGAGAGUGGUCUGUGGGUGCCAAGAGCCUAUGGUAUUCUUGGCAGAGACGCCGCCAACAUCAAUUUCUGGAAAGAAUGGCUGAAGGCGAUUGUUGUCCCUAUGACCGACGGUGGCAUCCUCCGAGUCCCCCCUAGUUCCCCUCGGGUUGGGCGGUGGCAGCCCCUCGAGCGAUAUGUCGUCAAUCUUUGCACAGAGGCAUUCAGCCCCUUGGAAUCUAAGACCCAGGUUGAACUUUGUAUUCGAGAGCUGAGACUAUACGCCCGCAAGGAAGCUUCGAACGAACUGCCAGGUUCGAGGACGGUGGACUUGUACGCCCUCUUCCGCUGCUUAUCCCUGGAAAACGUGAUGGCGUUAUUCGAAUAUGCCAUGUCAGAAUCACGCAUCAUAUUCCUCUCCUCGCAUACUAGUAUGCUCCACCUAGCUUGCCAUGCGCUUGCCAACCUACUCUAUCCCUUCAAGUGGGCAAGCGUUUUCAUUCCUGUAUUACCCGCACGAUUGAUUUCAGCUUUAGAAGCACCGUGCCCAUAUAUUGUUGGAAUCGAGCGACGCUAUGAUCGCAUCGAACUUCCCGAGGACGACUACGUCCUAGUUGACUUGGAUAAAGACACGAUUGACGCUACUUCUCAACCGUUUAGACUACCCCGGCAAAUAAGAAGAAAACUCCAUGCUCUGUUGCAGGUAGCAGCGCCACACAAGCUCCGGUAUGGCGUUGCCACAGGGCCCCCUCCUUACGCCAUGGAAUCCUUCCCGUACGAUGCCUUCUCGAGUGAGUGCGCCUCACUCUUCGUUCCCAAACCUCCCGUCGGCACACUGGGCAAGUGGGUGUCCCAGAGUUCGUCAAGCUUUGGCGAGCCAGAUCCCCCCAGCGAGGUCCAUCCUCCUGUCUUCAAUGCGUUUGCAAUCGCCCCCACGGACCAGGCAAAGUCUGACAGGCCUGGCACAAGUAAAUCCAACAAGACCAGCCCGCCAUCCUCUGAAUCUCCAGUCUCGAUGCACUUCCCUCCGUUGCCACCAGCUCCCGUUUCCAGAAGCGAUUCCGGGUUUGCCUUGGCUGCGACACUGAGAGAAAAGCGAUCGGGUCAUUUCAGGGAAGGUUCAGGAAGGCGUAGCUCGUCAUUUGGCAUGGCCGGCAAAGAUGGGGGUUCUGGCCGGCCCAACAUGCCCUUCCUCAACGGUCACCAAGCAAACACAUCGAUCUCGGCAAUUUCCGUUGAUUCGCUCGGGUCUUUUGGCGGUGGUUAUGCACCUUCGACAUAUGCGCAAUCUACCCUUGCUGCGUCAACUAUCAUGCCCAGUAUGCAGAUCCACCCGGUUACCAAUACCGACACCACAGUCUGGGUUGAAGGACAUUGUUUGAACUGGACCCCUGGCGAUGUGUCGAACUGCACCAUAUGCGAAGACAGGGGAGAAGGAGAUGGGAUAUACACUUGCGCAGGCUGCAAGGUUAAAUCGCAUGGCAGAUGUCUCGGAUUUGUCUCUGUGGUUUGUCCCGAAGCAUUCCACGCUGAUCGAGUGCGGGCCGCAUUUGUGCGCUGCCAGGCCAGUCUCCUAUACACGUAUCGCAAAUACUUGGGACGGCCCAACAAGCAGCAAAAGAGCAACGGCCAGUUGUAUGCUUUUGACAUGGCAGGUUUCAUCAAGAGUCUACCCUAUGACCAGCAAGAGUAUACCACUAUGCUUCGCGAAACCCAAGGAUUUAAUGAGUUUAUUCAUGAUCGGGAGGUCAAGCCUUCUACAGACCCAUCUCUCCAUCUCUUCGAGGAAGUAAUCAUGGCAAAGAAAGCCCGAGGACGCCCAGGGCUGUCGGCGGGCUUUUCCCGCCUAUCGACCAUCCGCCAGUCUCACGGCGCCUCGCUCAACGUAGGCGGCUUUCUUCCUCCGCGCCGGGGUAGCUCGAAAUCACCCACCUAUUUGGCAGAUACUUCAGAUCAUAUCUGGCGGACGGCUUCAGUGCCCGUACCAAAGGGUAACUUUCCCGGAGACUAUCAUGCGAUUGUAACACGCACACCAGCCCGCUUGGACAGAGCUUUGAUGCGGGAGCCCCGGGCCAUCCAAGGCGUACCUCGCCUAGAUCCCCGUGGCGGAAAGGUUGUUCCCCGGAAGCAGGUACCCAGCAUGCUGGGUCCUACGCCCCCUUCGUGA